AGAAGUUAGAACGAUCAACAUUUCUCGGUGUCUGCCCGGAAAUGGACUACAGGCUAGCAGCGCUGAAGCUGCUCUGCGCUCAGCUGAAAGACGCUAAGGAAAUGGCGUCGCAGAACGCCAUGUCUCUCGGCAACGUACUCUUCCAACGCGCCUGGUUACAGGGCGUUCUGGUCUCGGCCUCGAACGAAAAUGACCACGUAGGGGCCCCGUUACUUCUCGACGACGGCACCGGCGUCGUCCAGCUCGCACUCUCCUCCGCAGACUUCCGUCUCCGCCCUUGGAAGACCGGGAUGUAUGUAAUGGUUGUUGGAGGAUACAUGGCACGUGCAGCUGAGCCCCCAAUUAUCAAGGUGCACAAGAUUGUUGAUCUUUCACAGUUCCCGGAUCGAGAGGCAAUGUGGUAUCUUGAAGUUAUGGAGGCAUAUAAACUGUUCUAUAGGCCCUUAAUUGAAGAACUUGAAUGAUUAUGUUCGGAUCAUAUCGCAGAGAUACAGCAAACUUUUUUUUUAAAUAGUUUGAUGUUCUAGAGCAGAACUGAUCAGCUUCUCACCUGAUAGAAUGAUGGGUCCAAAUCUGGCCAACAGCUAAAGUAAUUAGGGCUCUGAAUGAUAGAAGAAGUAUUAUUGCUGCAAGUCCGAGACACAUAAUAAAAAGGGAAAAGAAGAAGCUGAUCAAAGACUUUGAAGUAGUUUCAAGGUCUCAUCGAUAUGCUUUUCGGGUUGGAACUGAUUGUUGUAGACGAGCUGAACCACCCCUUCCUUGUCAAGAACGUAAGUCUGUCUCCCAGGCAGUGUUCCAAACAGAUCUGCAGGCACUCCCCAAUCUUUCCUCACCUUAUUUCCCUCGUCACUAAGCAAAGUGAAAGGAAGCCUAUAUUUCUUUGCAAAAGCCUUGUGAGACGAUGAA